UUUCUCGAACUUUACUUGUGCUGAUGACUAAUUUUUUGGGCUGCUUUUUAUCUCCACACAUAACUGAAAUGGAGAAGCCUUCAGUCAACGGAGGAUCUUCAGCGAAGCCGUUUGUGAGUUUCCCGUUUAGCCGGUGGGACAAAAACGGGUUUUGCUAAAUUGAUUAUAAAAUUGUCUCCUCACCAAAAAUACCAAUUAUAGAAAGCCUCAAAAAGUAGUGUAUCAACAAAAAAUGUUCCGAAGGAAGUUUAGUAAAGUCCGCAAUAAACGUCCGAAGAAUCACCUUUCGCUAUCCAGACUGAAGCAUCAUUACAGUGCAUUGAAGGGUAAAAAAAUUACGUCGGAGAAAAAACGAUCUAAGCUCAUCGAAUCGUUACGUUCUAUCGGAGAAAUUGUAGUAUGGGGUGACCAGAAUGAUCCAGAAAUCUGUGACUAUUUCCUAGAGAAUAAAAUUCUGCCAUUCCUAUUACAAUUAAUGCUUCAGAUAGGCGGCAAUCCUGCAGAGCUUCAGUUCAUUCAAACGUUUAACAUUAUGUACAACAACAUUAAAAAUGAAAAAUUCCUCUACUAUUUACUGAGUAACGUGAAUAGCAUAAUCGUCCAUAGGUACGACUUCAACAACGAAGAUAUCAUGGGACACUACAUCACCUUCCUGAAGACACUCAGCCUAAAAUUGAGCUCGGAAACGAUUUACUUGUUCUACAGCGAACGUACCAACGCGUUCCCGCUAUACACCGAGGCAAUUAAGUACUACAAUCAUUCGGAUUCUAUGGUGCGCACUUCUGUUCGUACCAUCAUUCAGAAAGUGUACAGUGUUGAGAAUCCAAACAUGCUGCAGAUAGUCCGGGAAAUAACAGACGGACCUUACUUCAGUGAUUUAAGCAGCAACUCGAAUUCAAACAUGCUGUGAACAAGACCUAGUGCGUUCAUCCCGAGAAUUACCGAGCAUAAAAAUAAUUUGGAAACUACCAAAUUCCGGGAAACGAUAAAAAAAAAGUCCUAGGAAUUCCCGAACUCAAUAAAUAGAGCUAUGUUUCCAAAAUUUACAGGACCAAAAUUGGAAAAAUAGAUCAGAUUUAGAAAGGAAAAUGACUGUUCUAUCUGAUAUAUGGAUUACACGCCGAGGAAUAUAUAGAUUAUAAAAAAAUGCGUCUUAAAGUACGCACAUAAAUUAGGAUGUUUGCUUCUAUAGCUAG